CACACAGCCGUCAAACGCUCCGUCGCGUCACCGUCACGUCAAAAAAACGUACAGCAGACGCGACGUAGCAGUGUACGAACAGACGACGGCGGUUGCAGCGUCGACAGCAGCACGUUUUUGUGCAAUGUUGACCGACUGUUCUCAUAUUCGGUUAAACGUGGAGAAAUAAGAUCAGCAUUUUUCAGUAAAUGAAUUAAAUGAACCUUUGUCGGUACAAUGUUAAUGUAAACAAAAAAUGAACGGUUUAAUAGUGCAUUAUGAACGCAAUAUGGAUGUUUUCGUAAAGCAAGAAAUUGAACGGUGUUGAUCACUGCAACUGGCAACACUGGCCACUCUAGAAAUGGCGAGCCACAGCAACAACGCAUCUGCUGUCGUGAUGCUUGGCGGUUAUAUGCUGAUGUUUUUGCUAUGCAAGCGAAGAAAGCAACGAGCGCGCAAAGUGCGGCGACCGAGAAGCACGUGGAUGCGAAACAUGUGCAGAAAUCGCAAGUUCGGCCACUCAUCUUUGCUCAUUCCUUUGCUGCGCCGGUCGGACCCUGAAUACUACUUCGAUUACAUGAGGAUGUUUCCGGCGACGUUCGAGAAGUUGCUGUGUUUGGUUAGAAGUGGGAUCGAGCGACUGGACACCAACUGGAGAACGGCCAUCCCGGCGCGGACACGACUCGAAAUAACACUUAGGUUUCUUGCAAGUGGUGACACUCAGCGCUCGUUGUCAUUUUCAUAUAUGAUUGGAAGAUCGACUGUUUCUGAUAUUAUUUCAGAAACCACGCAAGUGAUUUGGGAAACCCUGAAAAAAAGAUACGUUAAGUGCCCAACGAAACCCGAGGAGUGGCGCGAUAUUGCUAGAGGUUUUGAGCAGCGGUGGAAUUUUCCUAACUGCGUCGGCAGUAUCGAUGGCAAACAUGUCACAGUCGAAGCCCCAUGUAAUUCAGGAUCUGAGAACUUCAACUACAAAGGAAGCUUUAGCAAAAUUUUGAUGGCUGUGUGUGAUUCUGCAUACAAAUUCCUCUACGUGGAAGUUGGUCGCUCUGGUGGAGAAAGUGACGGGGGUGUCUUCGGAAGGAGUACGCUUUGCAAAGCCCUUGAGACGGGAAAGCUGGGUAUUCCUCAACCCACUGCAAUUCCAGGAGGACAUGUUGCCCCUUAUGUGAUUCUUGGGGAUGAAGCAUUUCCCUUGAAAGAAUACCUCAUGCGACCUUAUCCAAGGCGUUACAUAAAAACAGACAGUGAGAGAAUUUAUAACUACCGUCAUGCUCGGGCAAGGCGUGUAAUUGAGAAUGCGUUCGGCAUACUAACUAGUCGCUGGCGCAUAUUGAGAAGGAGGUUUAAGGCCACUGACGAGAAUGUCAACAGAUACGUACUUGCAUGUGUGGCACUGCAUAAUUUCCUGCUAACUGAAAAAGAGGACAAAGACAAAUACUGUCCUUCCAGGCUAGUGGACACAGAAUCUUGGACUGGUGAGGUAAUUGACGGCGAGUGGCGACAGGAUGGUAAAACAGUGCCAGUGCUUAGACAAGCGUCAAAGUUAGGCUCAAACAGACCUUCCCGCACAGCGCAAAAAGUUCGUCAGACAUUUAAGAACUAUUUCAUGGGACCGGGACAAGUGGAGUGGCAGUUGGAUUAUAUACACAGGAAUGCUCCAAGGCAAUGA